UGUAUGCGAUCCCACCAAAGUUCGUGAAUCACUUCCUUCGUCGAUUCAUAUAUCCUCAAGGAAUCAACCGAGCACCCAUCCAAACGUUGUCCAACACAAGCAUAGAAAGCGAAAGAUGAGUUCCACGGAAAACCUAGUAAGACCCUGCCAUGAAGAAGAAGACCCAUGUCUCAAAGCCCUCUUGUACUCUAGCUUCCAAGUCUUCCCAAGGAUCCUGCACGCCGCCGUCGAGCUCGACCUCUUUGGGAUCAUAGCCCGGGCGGGCCCCGGGGCCUACAUGUCGCCCGCCGAGGUGGCCGCCCACCUCCCGGCCCGGACCCCCGAGUCGCCCGAGAUCCUCGACCGGGUCCUCCGUUGCCUCUCGAGCCACUCGCUCCUCACGUACAAAUCCGAGACGUUCGACGACGGGAGGACCGUGGAGAGGCGGUACGCGAUAUCGCCGGUCGGGAAGUACUACGUCAAGGACGAGGAUGGCGGCUCUGUCGGCUCGCUCUCUCUCUUCGCCUUCCACCAAGCCACCAUUGACGUCUGGCUCCAAGUCAAGGAAGCAAUUGUGGGAGGAGGAGGCAACUUGUUCCAAAAGGUCCAUGGCAAGACCAUAUUCCAGUACAUGAAGGAGGACUCAUCCCUGAACAAGUACUUCAACGACGCAAUGGCCGGUCUCUCCGCGACGCAGAUGAAGAAGAUCCUCGAGGUCUACCACGGGUUCGACAAGAUCACGACCCUGGUUGACGUCGGCGGUGGAAAAGGGGCGACCCUGAACAUGAUCGUCUCGAAGUACCCCUCGAUCAAGGGCAUCAACUUCGAUUUGCCCCAAGUCAUCGAACACGCUCCUUCUUAUCCCGGCGUGGAGCACGUCGGAGGGGAUAUGUUCGUGAGUGUCCCGGAGGGCGAUGCAAUCAUGAUUAAGGCAAGAUGCCACAAUUGGAGCGACGAGUCAUGCGUAAAGUUCCUGAAGAACUGUUACGAGGCGUUGCCGGCGAACGGAAAGGUGAUUGUGAUGGACCUCAUCAUGCCGGAGGAGCCGGAGGAGACGAUGGCGUCUCGAUACGUGUCGCUGCUCGACAACGCCAUGUUGAUCCAGCCGGGAGGGAAGGAGAGAACCGAGAAGCAGUUCGAGUACCUGUGCAACGGAGCUGGAUUCACGGGCUUUAAGGUCGCUGCCCGAGCUGUGUCUGUAUUGGGAGUGAUGGAGUUCGCCAAGUGAUUGAAUGACGCUUCUGAUAUGAUGCUCUUUCUUUCGCUCUUUUUUAAGUUCCGUUUGUUUUGCAAAAAUUGAAUAAUUUAAAAAAUAUUUUAUAAAAAUGAUUGCUUGUAUUGCGUAUAAAAA